AUGAAUAGGUACAAGUUCUACAACCGUUCGCAAGGUCAUUCAGAAAGUUCGGAGAAUUUUGUUUUAGCCGUAAAGCUUCUUGCGGAGAACUGUAACUUUAGAGAUUUUAAGGAUGAAGCUGUAAGAGACAAGUUGAUUCUCGGGUUACGUGAUAAAAUUUUACAACAAAAACUACUCAUGGAAGAUGAUAUAGCAUUGGACGCGGUUGAGAAGACUAUUAUUAGUAGUGAAUUGGCAGGUAAAAGAGCUAAGGAAAUGAAUGAACAAGGUGAAAUAGAAGUGUUAUCAAUAAAACAUCGGCUCGGCAGGAAGCGUGAAGAAUUCCGUGGCAAACGUUACGAACAUGGUGGAAGGUUUCGUUCACGUAGUAUUAGUAGUGAUCGUAACAAUAGCAAAGAGAGAAAUGCUUAUCAAUUGAAGCGUGAUGCAAAACAGUGGGGUUCCCACAACAACGCGGUAUGCAAUUUAUGUAAAAGACGCGGCCAUAUCAGGAAGAAUUGUUGGUUUUUGAGCAAGAAGAACACUGUUAAAUUCGUAGAACAGGAGAAGGAAGCUCAGCCUGUAGUAGUGGAUAAAUUUAACAGAAUGAACUUGCAAGACUCGAGCGAUGAAUCGGAUAUCAAUUGCAUGAAAAUUUCAGGACCAAAUACAGAUAGUGGAGCAUGCCUAGUUGAAGUUCUGGUUAAUAACAAGAAACUAACAAUGGAAAUAGACACAGGUUCCGCUGUGACAGUUAUUAGCGAGUUUAUCUACAAGAAAUUAUUCAAUUCGAUUCCGCUUACUAGUUGUCAUAAAAAGCUCGUGGUAGUCAACGGUACUAAAUUAGACGUAGUUGGGCAAAUAGUAGCAGAUAUUUUACUAAAUGAGCGAAAAAUUACGGGCAAACUAAUUGUGCUAAAAACACACAGUGAAUUUAGGCCGCUGCUGGGAAGAGAUUUGAUGACAACAUUUUACCCAAAAUGGAAAAACGCGUUUAUUGAACCGAUUGAUAUUAAAAAAAUGGAUAUUGACAAGAAGCAUGACGAAGCAAUAAGAUUUGAAGCGGAUUUGGUGUUCACUUCAGAUCGGCCUAUUUUUCGAAAACCUUAUCAGGUACCUUAUAAAAUUAAAGAAAAAUUUUUGAAACAUUUGGAUGAUUUGGAGAAGCAAGAUAUAAUUACACCGAUCCAAGCGAGCGCAUCUUCGAGCGCUGCUGUGUUCCAGCAGGUUAUGGACCAAGUCCUCAAAGGACUAGACAAUAAUGCUUUAGGAUCACAUGUGCUAACGGCUCAUAGACACCAGCUGAAGUGUUUGGAACAACCGAAACGAAUAACAACACUGAUGGCUAUACCGUCGCAGCCAAGACGACGUGGUUCUGUGGAUACUGAAGAUGAUUUCUUCGGAUUUCCGGAUGAAGGCAGUAACUGGACGAUCGGUCCAAAAAUAAAGGGCGUUGAGAGUGUUUCCGACUAG